UUGGUUGGUAUAGCUGUGCUCCACAACCUCCUGUUUCUUCAUCUUCUCAUCUCACUAUGAAGGCACUUCUGAGCAUAUGCCUCCUCUUGGCCUUACUUUCUCUGGUGGCAUCUUUGAGGUGUAAAACCUCUUUUGGCUGUGGAGAAACAUGUAGAGAUGAAGAUGUGAGGACUGAGGAGUGUGGACAGGAUCAAGACGUUUGCCUUGCUGUCUCUACUAAUUUAACAACGUGGCAAUUUCCAUCUGCUUUUACUUACAAGGGAUGUUCCAGAUCCGACGAAUGUAAUGAAGGCUAUUAUAUUGGAAGUACAGUAGAUGCCAGAUAUGCUCAGGUGAAAAGUCGCUGCUGUCAGACAGAUGAGUGCAAUGUACGAGAACUGCAGUCUGUACUAGCCCUUCAGGUGGCAAUACUUCACAGUUCUCCUUCAUGGGAAGUUGUCUGCUUCUAG